AUGAUAGGUAGUCUUCCGUAUCUUACUGCUAGUAAACCUAACAUUACUUACAAUGUUGGAGUUUGUGCUCGAUAUCAAGCUAAUCCUAAAGAAUCCCAUGUUAAUGCUGUUAAGCGUAUUAUCAAAUAUGUUAAAUCAACUAGUAAUUUUGGUGUUUGGUAUGAUAAGGACACUAAUGAUGUGUUGGCUGGAUAUUCUGACGAUGACUGGGCUAAUAAUGCUAAUGAUUGUAAGAGCACAUUUGGUGGGUGUUUUUACUUAGGAAAUAAUCUUGUCUCUUGGAUGAGUAAGAAGCAAAAUCCUAUAUAUCUCUCCACCACCCGGUAG